AUGAAUUACGUAUCGAUAUUAGGAUUUGCCUUGAGCUUGCUGAUCUCAUGCCAGUGCCAACAACAGCAACAGUAUCAAAACGGGGAAUAUAACCAAGAAGACAAUUAUUCUUAUCAAAAAACACCACCUCCCCCUCAAAUACUCUCUCACAAACAAGCUCUCAAUCACGAUGGUAACUUUAAGUAUUUAUUUACGUCUGAAAAUGGAUUAGCACAAGGAGAAAGUAUAUCUCCUGAUGGAUCAAGAAAUGGAGGAUACAGCUACAUCGAUCCAAACGGUAAGAAAAUCUCAGUGAAAUACACAGCUGGAAAAGAAGGUUUCAGGAUAUUGGAAGCGGAUCAUUUGCCGAAAGCCCCUCAACCGGUUGCUCCAUUACCCGCUCCAGUGCACCAAUCUGCUUAUCAACCACAAACUGCCUAUCAACCACAACAAUCCGCAUACCAACCGCAAACACACUAUCAGCCAAGAAGUUAUCAGCCACAAUAUAAUUACAGAUCGCAACAACAAGAAGACGAUGGCCAGUACAAGCCCGAAGUGUAUGAGAGACCUCAACAACAGCUUGUACAGCUUCCUUCUCAUCCUAGACCAGCUUAUCCAUCAGCAAUACAAGUUUCGCCAACGCCUAGUUCAAACGCCUUACACGAAAAAGAUUACGAUGAUGAACCUGGCAAAGCCAACAGUUUUGGAUCUGGUUAUAUAUUCGAGUUCGGUGGAUAG